AUGGUGGAUGGUUCGUCAUCGAUCUUAAAUGCUGCGCAUGAUCCGGCAUCUUCCUAUUUCAUCUCACCUUCAGAGAAUCCUGGGAAUGCCUUUGUGACAUCUCUACUCAAGGGACCGAACUAUCCUGCAUGGCGAAGGGCCAUUAUGACUGCUCUUCGAGCCAAACGAAAAAUUCGGUUCGUUGAUGGGACACUUGCACGAUCUAUAGAUAGAUCGUGGGAUCAUUUUCUCUGGGAUACGUGCAAUUCAAUGGUCGAUCUUGAGGAAAGAUACUCUCAAGGUAAUGCUCCUCGUAUUCAUGAGUUAAAGACUCAAAUCUGGAGUUUCAGGCAAGGCAAUGAUAUGACUAUUGCCGCUUAUUAUGCCCAUCUUCGUGGCUUGUGGGAGAAACUUACGACUUAUUCCAAGGUGCCGACUUGUUCGUGUGGAGCCACUAGAGAGAUCCAAGUUGAGAAAGAAGAAGAGAGACUACAUCAGUUUCUUUUUGGUCUCAAAGACUCUUACGACAUGUUGCGAGAUCAGUUGCUGUUCAUGGAGCCAUUACCAACAGUUAAUAAGGCAUAUGCCUUAUUGAUUCGAGGUGAAAAGCAGAAGGAAGUCACCGCUGUUCGAACUUCUCAACCCGAAGCUGCGGCUCUCGCUGUUAAGCCCAUGACAGAAAGGGCGAAUAAAGAGAUCGGCUCCAAAGAAAGGAAUAAAAAAUAUUUUUGA